UGUGUCUCUUACAAAUGCAGUGUCUGGGCCUCCUUGGUGGAGCAAGAGGUUGAGUCUCAGAGCCAUGAAGCUCUCACCAGCCACUGCGGCCUGAGUUCUAGCCCCGCCAGGGAGCUACCCACACGGCGCAGCAGACCUCUCCUCUCUCCCCGCUGCCCCCUCAACAGUCUAUUUCAAGGCAACAUCUGGGUCCUCAGGACUCGGGCACCAGGUGGCCCCAAGGAGGAGCUGCUGACCUGGGGGGAACCCGCCUGCAGAGACUGGGGUGGAGGACACAGGCCCUUCCUCUGCCAGGGACUCCAGGUCAUCCAGAGCAGCAUGUCAGAGGAGGCGGGCACGUUCCACAUGGUCUCUGAAGAGGAACAGGCGCUCCGAACCCAGCUGGACCGGCUUACCACCAAGGACCACGGGCCUGUCUUUGGCCCAUGCAGCCAGCUGCCCCCCCACACCUUGCAGAAGGCCAAGGACGAGCUGAAUGAACGGGAGGAGAGCCGGGAGGAGGCUGUGCGAGAGCUGCGGGAGCUGGUGCGGGAGCAGGCGGCCUCAGGGCAGGCGCUGGCCCUGGCGGUGGCCGAGAGGGCGCAGGGAUGGGACAGCGCCUUCUUUCUGCGCUUCAUCCGUGCGCGCAAGUUCCACGUGGGGCGCGCCUACGACUUGCUGCAGGGCUAUGUGAGCUUCCGGCUGCAGUACCCCGAGCUCUUUGACAGCCUGUCCCUGGAGGCCGUCCGCCGCACUGUGGAGGCCGGCUUCCCCGGGGUCCUCUCCAGCCGGGACAGGUACGGCCGGGUGGUCUUGCUCUUCAACAUCGAGGACUGGGACUGCGAGGAGGUCACCUUCGACGAGAUCCUGCAGGCCUAUUGCUUUAUCCUGGAGAAGCUACUGGAGAACGAGGAGACGCAGAUCAACGGCUUCUGCAUCGUUGAGAACUUCAAGGGCUUCACUGUGCAGCAGGCUGCUGGGUUGCGGCCUUCCGACCUCAGGAAGAUGGUGAACAUGCUCCAGGACUCCUUCCCAGCCCGGUUCAAAGCCGUCCACUUCAUCCACCAGCCGUGGUACUUCACCACCACCUUCAGCGUGGUCAGGCCCUUCCUCAAGGGCAAGCUGCUCCAGCGGGUCUUCGUCCACGGCGACGACCUCUCCGGCUUCUUCCAGGAUAUUGACAAGGACAUCCUGCCCGCCGACUUCGGGGGCACACUGCCCAAGUACGACGGCAAGCUUGUCGCCGAGCGGCUCUUCGGCCCUCGGGCCCAGGAGGACACAGCCUUCUGAGCGCGGCCGCUGGCAGCCUCUGCAGCAGUCAGCGCCGGCCGUCCUGACCCCAGGGCUGGGGAAAGUGCUCCCUGGAGGGCUUGGGUCCCAGGAAGCCGGGGCGAACUAGAAGCCAAGUUAGGGGACGUUACAAUAGCGGGAGUUCCCCGGAACCAGCGGAGCUGGGAGCAGCAACAUCCUAUCACCUCUGCAGCUUGAGGGCAGUGCCUUGUGUGGGCUGAAUUUCGAAGAGUCUGGCGGCAUCUCUGGUGGUUCCUUUGUAGCGGAGUUUUGCUCUCAGGGUCUGUGGACACGGGCAGGAGAGCUGGUUUAACCCCCCUCCCCUCCCCAACAACCAAUAAAAAGAUUAUGA